AUGGGAGAUACUCUACAAGAAGUGUGUAAAAGGGCUAUUGUUUGGACUGAGGAGUGCGCGGAAGAAAUAUUUGAACACAAAUGCAUUGAAAACUGUGUGUACAGUCAAGUUAAAUAUUUGCCCGUACAUUCUCUUUCAACAAGGAUUCAAAUCAUUAUGUCAGUGUCGACGUGUGUUCAGAUGGUACAUGUGAGGAAAUGGAAGAAGCGUCUCAACCCAAAUGCAAUGAAAAAUCGGCAUUGUCAAGAAAUUGCCGCUUCAUGUUUCUUUGAAAUUGUUCAGUUGUACUCUUAAAAAAACUGCAACGAAGUAUAAUAAUAAUAAUAAUAAUAAUAGUACUAAUAAUCUUGAAUGCAGAUACGACAGGGAUUGUUAUAACAGUAUUAUUCAGGUUAAUUUGUAUGGUACUAAGUGUUUUUCUAGGUAGAGAGGAAAGGUGAGAAAUCAUUUUAACUCUAAUUUGCUGACAGUUAUGGAAGACAACGAAAAAUCCCUUCUACAUUUGUACUUUAUCGUGUUCAAAAAGGAAUUAAGAAAACGAAUAGAUGAGUGGCGGUCUUGUAGCUUGAAAGUCAUUGUUGUAGCGCCGCACAGAUAAGGCGAUAAUGACGGCUGCUUUUCGUUCGUGUUAAUAAAAAUAAUACUUUUAUACAUUUGAAGAAAAUUAAAA